AUGCACGGCACCAGGCCGCGGACCUCCCACAGCCUGCUGGAGGCGCUAAGCUCGCCGCCGCGGCCCGGUGCCCCGGAGGAGGCCCCCGAGCAGCCGGCCGGCGCCCUGGGCGUCUCGCAGAUCAAGGCGUCGCUGAAGCAGAGGGGCGUGGACGCCGUCGAGACCGUGCUGCAGGAGGCGAGCUGCGCUGGCGAGCGGCCCUUCUUCAUGAACGCGUCCAGGGCGGCCCAGCCGGCGGCCCACGGAGGCGUCCCGCGGGCGUCCCCCGAGCCCUCGCCCCCGCGGGCGCUGGGCACGAAGGGCACGCUCGGGGAGGCCCUGGACGCGGCCGGCCUCCCCUGCGAGGCGGCGGUCAGCAGCAGCAGCAGCGACGGCGGCGGCCUCGACGACGACGGCGACGGCGGCGCGGAGCUGACGGUGCAGCGCGCCGCCUCCUGGAGGAGGCUGGAGGAGAAGGGCAUCGUCGGCAGGCGGAAGGCCAGCCUGGGCGCGCUCGAGCUGGGGCUGCCGCUGCAGGAGCUCGCCAAGGGCAGCGCGGCGGGCGGGGCCGCUGCCGACAGCGCGCGGAGCGAGGAGCCCCAG